CAGAAUUGUCCAACUUGUUUGGCCCAAAUGCAAUAAUUGCUGUCCUUUACCCUUCACCUCUGUUUCUAAUACCACACACACAGAACAGAGCACAAAAGAGAUGAAAGGCUCAUGGAAACUCCGAUGUGCCCUCUUGCUACUCAUCUCCGCCGUAGCCACCGCCACCGACCACAUUGUCGGUGCCAAUCGUGGGUGGAACCCUGGCCUCAACUACACUCUCUGGGCUAACAACCACACUUUCUACGUCGGCGACCUUAUCUCAUUCAGGUACCAGAAAAACCAAUACAAUGUGUUCGAGGUGAACCAAACUGGGUAUGACAACUGCACCACUGAAGGGGCGGUCGGAAAUUGGAGCAGUGGAAAGGAUUUCAUACCCCUGAAUAAGGCCAAGAGAUAUUACUUCAUCUGUGGAAAUGGCCAAUGCUUCAGUGGAAUGAAGGUGUCUGUUAUUGUGCACCCUCUUCCUCCACCUCCCACCUCUGCAAUUUCUGCUGAACAUUCAACGUCACACUCUGCUUCUCCUCUGCUUUUCAAACGCUCUCUGUUGCUGUCUUCUCUUUUCGCUUGCUUUGGAUUUCUCUUGAUGUAGCAGCUGUUGCUCAUUCUUUUCUCUUUCUUCUCCAUCUUUGUAUCUUCCUUGUUUCUUUCUGAUUCAUCCCUUUCAAAUCCGAACGUAUGCUUGUUUUGUUAGUGCUGAAAUUGAACAUUUCCAAUUCUGGCCAUGGCAGUCUUCUCUGUAGUUUCGUUACGAACAAGGAGAAUACGAUUAUCUAGCGAACAGUCUCUUUUGGAUUUAA